AUGACUAUCUUCUCUUCCCUCUUAACUUGCGCUUUCUGUUGCAAAUUCAAUUUGUCCAAAAGGUACUGUGGAUCCUGCGCGUCCAUCCUUUAUUGCUCCAGGGAGUGUCAGCGAUUGGAUUGGUCUUUUCACAAAAGUUUUUGUAAAGCUUUUAGGUCACUUGGUCCACGUCCUUCAGAUAGUCAUAGCCUCGCAUUCUACUUUCCGGUUGAUCUUGAUCCCAGAUUGGAAUGGGUUCAACGUCCAGAUUCUCUGCAUUCAAAGACCAAUGAUAAAGAAUUUGAUUUUCGGUCGCUGGAUUCUAUAAGAUUUAAGACGAGGGUACGAUGGUCAUAUAUUCUUUGUCGAGGAGGCUGUCGAGACGAUAACCCCAAGCUCAACCAUAGCGUUAUAUCUUACACGAGGGGAGCCUAUUGGACUGGAACUUUGGUGAUUUUUCGAAAAGAGAGCUCUGGUAUUGGCCCAGCGAUUAUACGGGAUAUUGGUUUGGGUGACAUCCCCAAUGUCAUACGAUUGUUGAGACAGAUUGGUAAUGGGAAUCAAGUGAGGAAGCACCAAGUCUUCAAGCAAACUUUUAAUACUACGCAAUGCGUAAUCGUUAGAUGUAAGGGCGAUUAUGAGAAUGCUCCAGAAGGGACUCAGCUUGCGGUUACAAGAGUCCCAGAAUUGCACCCGAUUUUCGAGGGACAACCUACAAAUGUCUCGCAAUUGAUGGGGAUUCCAUUGAUCAUACAAAGAAUCCCUCGAGAAGCUGGGAAGGAUGUUGUGUUUGACGAAGAUCAUUUGAGGAACGAUAUUUGUGGCCACCUUCACCUUGAUACUCUUCUUCAUAGUGUGACGUUGGGUGAAAUACCUCCACAAUGGCGAGAAAAUGUGGGUACGGUUCUGGUUGCGAGACAGGACAGAAAAGAUAUUACCCCGCGUCAAUUGAUGGCGAUUGCGACAUACACUAAGCUAUCGGAUCUCGGAGAAGUGAAAGAUGAACCUGAUGUUAGAACGAGACAAAUCCUUCUUGAGGGGUACUUCAGCAGGAGCGAAUUCGAACAAUUUUUCUUCAACUGCUUUGCAUAUAUUCUGACUCAGCAGCCGCAGCUAGACGGAGAACUGAUAUCCCCUUAUAGCGACUCAUAUGAUACAAGCGAUAUAUCACAUUACACUUCUUUUACAGAAAGUGAUGAAUCUGGGGAAGGAGACUGA